UUUAUUUCUCUCUCGCUCACUAUAUGGCAAAUCCAGACAGACACACGAGCGCUACACGUACCAAAUUAACAGAGCUACCAUGCCGACUGCACGGCCGGCUUUACGGCCCUCUCGAGCACCAUACCUCUCAGAUCGGCAGCCGUCACAAGCGACAUGUCAGCAUACACCCCCUCAGCGCCGUCAAACACCUGGUCCCCCGUCGAGUGUGUGUGGGUGAUGACGCACUUCAUGUCGGCCUGCAGGGCCGCCUGCAGACCGAUCAGGCUGUCCUCGAUCACCAGGCAUCGCGACGGCGGGAUGGCCAGCCUUUCGGAGGCGGCGUGGUAUAUCUCGGGGUGUGGCUUCCUGUGCGUCACGUCGUCGCCUGCCAAGAUGAGAUCGAACCUCGAUAACAGAUCCUGCCAGACACAGCAGAACAGAACAUUCAAAACACAAACAGGCAGCCCUGUUUGUGUGCUUGCGGGGUUCCCUUCCUGCUUUGUUCGCCCGCACCUUUCCCAGAAGGUUCUCCAGCACGAACAGGCAUGACGACUUGGUGCUUGCAGAGCAUAUGGCCAGCUUGGUGCCAGGCGUCCUCAUCGCCUCCUCCAUCACACGCAGCACUCCCGGCCGCGGCUGCGCCGUCCCCUCAGAGAUAAAGCUCUUGUAGAUGAUUGUCUUCCUGUCCUGCAGCGUCUUGAGCAUCCCUUCACGACCGUCUGUGUCUGCCGGUGGUGGGCCGAGAGUGGAGGAUGGCCAGCCGUUCUCGGUGAAGUAGUGGCGCAUCUUGGGGAUGCCGCCGCCUAUCAUAUUCUGCAGGACGUCGUAGUACUCGGGCGUCCACUCAUACGGUAUCGCGAACUCCUGCACACACCCACACAAAAGGACGAAGGGUGGACGACCACGCCGGCGUGCCAUCGUAUGCCAUCCUUCUCACCCGAAACAUGGCGUUGUAAGCGUCUCGAUGCAGGCCUUCAGACUCGAUAAUAACGCCGUCGCAGUCGAAGAUCAAAGCCCACUCAUCGCUGGCUUGUGAUGCACCGCCACUCAUGACGCUCGCAGAUAAUGGGCGUUGUCUUAGAGAGGCGCUCGGCAGCCGCAGUUUCCUCUGGCUGUGUGUUGGUCUUGACGAAAGCAGAAACGAGUGCGCAGGGAGCGGCGAGAAGAAGACGAUAGCCAGUAGAGAAGUGAUGAAGGGAAGCGGCAGCGUGGACGCCAUCCUGCAGGAAGGCGAGAGAGAACAGCAGUGCAGCGCAAGGAAGAAAGCCAGUAGCUUAAAGCCAGCAAGGGCUCCUACACCUUUGUCGGCUCAGAUGCACCGGAGAGAUCACGAAGGCUCUUCACGGGACUGACUCAUAGCCGCGUUUGGACAGAUCUCUCAUCACCAGGUACUGAGUGAGUUGGAAGACCUGCAGAAACUUUUCCUUCGAAACUGUCGAUUGCGAGCUCAU